GUCAUGGAACUACUGGAUGUUGGGAGCAGUGAAAAUCAAGAAGUGCCAGAUUUCACUAAUCAUGAUAUACAGGAACCAUUGAAUGUUGGGAAUAUGGAAAAUCAAGAAGUGCUAGAUUUCACUCACCAUGAGACACAGGAAUUAGUGGAUGUCAGGAAAAGUGAAAGUCAAGAAGUACUGGAUUUCACUCAUCUUGACACACAGGAACCACUGGAUGUCAGCAAUAGCAGAAAUCAAGAAGUGAUAGAGCUCACUCAUCAUGAGACACAGGAACCACUGGAUGUCAGGAAUAGCAGAAAUCAAGAAGUGCUACAGUUCACUCAUCAGGAGACACAGGAACCACUGGAUGUCAGGAAUAGCAGAAAUCAAGAAGUGCUACAGUUCACUCAUCAGGAGACACAGGAACCACUGGAUGUCAGGAAUAGUGGAAAUCAAGAAGUACUAGAUUUCACUCACCAUGAGAGAGAGGAACUACUGGAUGUCAGGACAAAUGAAAAUCAAGAAAUGCUGGAAUUCACUCAUGACACACAGCAAGAACUGGACCUCAGUGGCCACAAUAACCAGGAAAUGGCUGACUUGCUGAGCAUGGACAUUCCUGAAGCAAACAACCAAUGCAUCCUGGACUCGGAGAUGAAGGCUAGCUCCUCUGACAGUAGUGGGUCAUCAGACAUCUGUAACUCUCCACCCAGUACAGACCUGCUGGGGCUGGAUUUCAGUAAUACCAGUAUCUACACUAGCAGCACCACAAACACUUGUCCUGAUGACAAGACUGUAAUCCAGGACCAUUCAACAUUCAGCACCAGUCACAACCCAUUAGAAGGUGACCUCUGUUCAGUGUUUGGGGCUGGAGGCUACAUAAGCUGCCCUGAUGUAGCAGAUGAUCUAGAGCUACUUGACAACACACGGGUUAACUCCAGAGUGGAGCCGGAACCACCAGUGAGACCAGUAAGACCUCCUCGGCCCUCUCUUAGGGCCAAGGAGAAGGGACAGUCGCAGACUCAGGGCAUUGACCUGAAGUGACCUCUCACAAAAGCUAAUGUGGAUUACUGCACCACUCCUACAGCAACCUGAGGAGAAAUGGACAAAAAAAGAGACCAAAUGAAAUGGGACGUUCUCAGGCCAACAAGUCUACAAUCAGACAUCAUGACAGGAAUAUUAAAGCAAAGAAGGGACGUAACAGGACUCAUGUUGGACUCCAGAAUGGAUCAUUUAAGGAACCCCAAAUCUUGUGUGAGUGUGUCUGUGCACGCACGUGCGCGCGCGCGUGUGUGUGUUCAUUCCUGGGUGUUGGAAUUGCCUUUCCUGUGACUGCUUCAUCUUAUUAGCACACAUUAAACUCAUCAGCUGCUGUCGGGGGUUAACGGGGCCACCGUGAAAUUAAGCUGCCCUCAUUUAGAGUCACUGUAGGUUGAAACACAAUAACAUUGUAUAUAUACAAUUCAAAACAUUCAGCAUCAUCAUCUUGUGGAUUCAGAGGUGAUCUUGUCAUUGAUGAGCUUAAAGCCGUUUGAUCGGACUCUGUAGUCUGCAGCAUGAAAGGCCGUCAGGAAGCUCCUCCCACACUGUGCGUCCAUCCCCAAACCUACAAACUAUGCACCGCCGCUCCAGCUUCUCAACACACUCACACCUAUGACAAAGCGUUGAAAACAGCUGCAGUUUGUUUUGAAAAAAAGUCGUCAUGGGUGUUUGUUUGCUUGAUCGUGGGAGUGCACGUGUUUUCACUUCAGUGUGCACACGUCGUCCAGAUGCAACUGCACAUGUUCAAGCAAAUUGACAGACAGGGUUUUGAACCUCAGACCUUCUUGCUGUUUGCCUCAGUGUGCGUGUGUGCAUGUUCACCUCAUGCUUGGCCAAUAGUUUCCUCUUCUGGAGUACUGAGAGCAGCCAAGGUGUUUUUUUCAUUGUUGGCAAUAAGCAGUAGUUACUAAGAUACUCUUGUCCUCAGGAUCAAACCUCCUCAACCAGUCCCUCCUUAGGUUUGACUUAAAACUGUUCAUUUGCAUUUGCAGUGUCCUCACAUGAGCCAUUUCAGUCUGUGAUUACUCGUGUUGAGAAGAUGUGCAUUUGUGGCCCUCUGGUUUUCCAGUAUUUAUAGUUUUUUGUUCUGAGCUCGAUGGUAGAGGCUGGAGUGAACAUGGAUUUUGUUGUUGCAAUUGAAACAUCACGUGUCAUGGUUAAGGGAUCAAUCUUGGCCAUAGAUGAUGUGACGAUGAUACUCUGAGGUCGGUAGCUUCACAGCAGGGAGUCUCUCAGGAUGUGAAUGGUCUUGAAGACUGGGCAUCAGUUUUUUGUUUGUUUGUUUUUUACUUAUGUCUUGAACAGGUUUGGUAUCCAGAUAGGACACCAGGGACAGGAUUACACUUGUGCAAUGCCACUGAAACUGAUUUAAAACCUCUCAAUAAGUUCCACUUGUGAAAAAUUAAACAAUUUAAAAUGUUGAUACUGAAAAUUCCCACUCCAAAGUUGGAACUCAAUGCAACAAAAGUCCCAUUUAAAGCAUUACUUUUACAGUCAUUGUUUUCAGGGGUUACAAGAACAAUUUAAUCAAACAGAAAUCAAUAGAAGCCACUGUGCCCUAGCAGAGUGUGAUGUGACAAACGCUGUGUAUGAUGAAAGCAUCGUGGCUGCAUGUGGACCUUCUGCUCUACCUCAUUACAGUGACUGUGACCAUGUACAUGGGUCAGGGAUGUAAUGUGUGUUAAAGUACACAUGAUCUAGUAUGUAAUUCUUCACAGUCUAUCACAGUGCUCCCUAAUGUUCUGACAUCCGGUAGGGUUUAGUGUGCUACAACAGAUCUGACACUGUGUGACAUCAUGGAGACAUUUACACAUCUCUGGUGGCGACACCUUCACUGCAGUUGACUUGUUCUCCUUCAAUCACUGUGCUUCUUCAGGAUCACCACAUGACGAUUUUGUGACCUCACAACUCGAUACAAUAGGACC